AUGAAUCUGCGCUCGUUACUUUUCGCCGCAAUUGCCACCGCUACGCUUUACUCUGUUAGAGGUACCAAAAUCGACCACGACAAGGUUCAGCCCUUCGCCCAGCCUGAGCCGGCCACCGUGUCCGAGAAGGCUGCCGUCAAGUUCAAGCCGAGUCUCAUUUUCAGUUACGCAUGCCACCCAUACCCUGGGGUGAGACGAGCGGAGGACUCAAAGGAACUGGGGAUCUCGAUUCCGACUGCGAAGGGUCCAGCCUGGGGUCUCAAGUGUACGGACGAGCAGUUUCGAUUCGGGAUGUGGGUCAGCGCCGUUGUGUGGCUCGAUAACCCCGCCUUGAAGAAGCCAGAGAUUCGCAAACGGACACUCCGUGGGUUCACGCGAUGUGGCUAUACGUCGUGCACUCCAUAUUUCACGGACUAUUUCAACGACACCAGCCCCAUCCUCGUGUACUCGGAUCUUGAAAGAACGCACGGUAGCAAGUUAUUCAUGAGUACGGCGAAUGACACGCGUGAACCCCAGGACCUCAUCAUGUGGGAGCAGUUGACGGAGGAGGCACGUAGCGCUCUAAGCGAGACCGACUUUGGGGAGAAGACCAAGGUCCCGUUCGUCGACGCCAACUUCGAGGCAAACCUCAACGCGGCUCGACGGUCCUUUUAG